UGUGUUGGCGCGUCAUGUGCUCGGUACGAGCGCCUUCUCGCCACCGCUCGUCCGAGUGACAUUACAGAGUGUGGGGAGUACGAGCGCGGCGGGAGAGCGCGUCAAAGAGGGAGAACAAACGAGCGAGAGAAAGGAAGGAGAAAGGGAAGGAGACAUAAGUAUGUGUGUAAGAACGGAGGGGUGAUUCGGUGCGCGCGCGCGCACACCGGUUACACACAAACGCACGGAAGUGAAAAGAGAGAAAGAGAGAGAGAGAGAGAGAAAGAAGGGCGGGCUGUUGGUCGCGAACGCGCGAGAGAGAGGCGAUCUUCGGCGAUCGACGGCGGUGUCGGUGGCGACGGGAGACGGAAUCGCGGGCGGCAGCAGAUGCCCCGAUGGGAGGGAGAGAGAGAGAGAGAGAGAGAGGCGCGCGAGACAGGCGCGUUCGCCUUUCGACUUCGGCGUCGAGGGGUACACGUACUACUAUACGCGGGCGCACGCACGCACGCACGCACGAACGAACGAACGAACGCGCGCGCGCGCGCGCACGCGAGCAACGGCAGGCGGUGGCAGGCAGGCAGGCAGGCAGGCAGGCAGAUACUUUCGAUUUCGUCGAGUGGGCCGGCUCUCUCACGGGGUGCCGCCGCGCCGUAGCCGCCGCACUCCAGGAGGCGGCGGGCACGCCAGUCAUCGCGCGUUAGAGCGACGGCGCUCUGUGUGCGCCUGGUUAUCGCGCUUUCUCGUGACACUCGGCGUAUCGCGCGACGUAUCCGCGUGCCGCAGUGUGACGUGCGCGUGUGCGACGGGUGUCUCUCCGUCUGUUGGUCGGUCGGUUGGUUGGUCUGUUUUCGCCGCCGUCGCCGCUGCUGCGGCAAACGGGUGCAAGCAACCUAGCAACCUCGGAUUCGGUAUUCGGCGCCGCGGUGGCAACGUCUUGUACGUCGUCGUCGUUGUCGUCGUCAUCGUCGUACGGAGAGCAGCGAGCGCGGCAGGUGGACGUACGCGCGCGUGGUACAGAGGCGGAGAGAGGCGCGACGUGUGCCGCCCGCUCUUUCUCUCGGUGGGAGAAGGAGAGAAUGGAGAGCCGAUCGAUUUUCGCGUAGCGAGAGCCCCUCUUCUCGACGGAGUGGAGAACCCGAAAGUAUGUAAAUAUCCUCCGCCUGGAGGACACGACACGCGGACAGCAACAACAGUAACCUUGUCGCCGCCGCCGCCUCCGUCCGUUCGUCCGUCCGUCCCGUCUUUCUCUCUCCCUACACACGGGCCACACGCUCCGGCAGAUCGUGUAUAUGUGCGCGCGUUCAUGUGUGCGUUCGCGCGCGUACCCGACCGUAUGCUCGGCGUGUGAGCGAUCAUCCGAUUAUUACCCGGCGAUCGUGGGCGGCCGGUGAAAAUCGUCGAUUGCAAGAGUAUGAAGUGGAGGAGCGGUCGAGCGAUCCGGAAAAACGAGUAGGGAAAACGACGUACGUCACCGCCAACGUACGUACGUGCGUGCGUCGUGCGUGCGUACGUGCGUGCGUGCGUACGCUCGCACCCCGCGGAAGCGAGAGAAAAAGAGAGAGAGAGGGAGAGAGAGAGAGUGCAGUGUUACUGGCGGCGCGCGUCCAACAUGGCUACCGCCGGCAGCAACGCCGGUAACGAGGCGAACAACAGCACCAGCAGCAGCAGCAGCAACGUGCCGCAAUGGAAGCGCGACCUGAUACAACGUCGCCGUCAGCAGAGCAAGGUCCUCGCGAACAACGGCGCGAGCGUCAAGCUGUGCACCGCGAUGAUAGGCACGUCGUCGUCGGUAACGUCGGGGAACGCGACGGCGCCCGACGGCAUCGCCGAACAAAAUUCAACAACGGUUCAGGAGCAUCACGCGAUCGCCGGCGCGGUUCGCGCGGCGCGUUUAAUGAGCGAGAACAACACCGCGUGCUGUGGGGCUGGCGGUGGUAGCGGCGCGUUGCUCUCCUCCCCCUCUACUCCCGUCGCCGCCGUCGCCGCCGUCGCCUCGUACCCCGCGAGAAGGCCGCCGACCGGUGGCGCCACCACCACCGCCGCCGCCGAUUUGAUCGCGUCGCCGUCGUCAGUCGCGUACAACAUGCGUCUCGAGGCGGACCUGUCGCUCUGCUCGGAAGACGCGGAGGAUGUUGUGAACGGUGGCGCGCCGGCGGUUAAGCAACAUUUCGCGGAACACGUCAUGUCGGAACAAAGGAAACUGCCGGAGUACGUCGGCGAGGAGAAGGACGAGGAGGCGACGGCCGCCCUCCCGAGGACGGCGGACGGCAAGCCGCCGCCGCCGCCGAGGACCGCGAGGAUGAACGAGAGUAACGAAACCAAUAACGAAUCGUCGUCGUUGUCGGCGCCGACACCGCAGCAGCGCGAGGAUCGCGCAGCUGCCGUCCAACUGACCGGCGGCAAACGCGAAAGGGUAUCGUCCCACGGCGGGAAUGUGAGAAAGGAGCCUACGCAACCGAGUUCCAAGGGUACGUCGUCGCGCGUCGUGACGACGUCGAGUCGCGCGUCCAGCUGCGAGGACGCGGAGAGCGACAGCUCCGAGGAGCUGCAGUACGGGCCGGGGAUCGUCAACAAGCUCAGGUGCAAGUACCUUAACCUUACUCUGCGCGAGACGAACAAGAGCCGCGCGUCGGUGCGGCGGUUCCGGCGCGCGGCCAGCCUCGAGGAUCUGCUGGACCGAGACGACGACGAGGCUGCCGCCACCGGUCGCGAGAAGACCAUCGCCAGCGGCAACAACGGCAGGAAGUACGCGAAGCGGAGCGGCGGCGGCGGCGGCGUCGUCGUCGUCGCCGCCACUGCUACCAGGACCGACAGGUACCGGAAUGCCUCCCGAGGCAACGACUCGAUGAAGCGGGCGCGCAGCGUCGAGACCCUGAUGAGGUACAACAGCGUCGCGACGCCAGACGCCGAGGUGGCGAUCUUUCGCCACCAUCAGGUUUCCGCUCCGGUCGCCGCUCGGCCGGUGACGAACGGCGUUCGUCAACAGGAACCGGUCAACGACCACAUCAUCCUCGUGGACCGUACGUCGAUCAAGAUCGAGAGCCGUCUGAGCGAGCUCGACCGGCCGAAGCCGAUCAACAAGCCCAAGAGGAUCAAGCCGGUGCUGGCGGAGACGGAGCGACCGCCCCCGGAUCUAGUCAAGACCACCAUGAGGAUCUUCGAGAGCUCCGCGCGGAAGCUCAAGCCCAAGGGCGAGGUCGCCGCGAAGGUCGCCACCUUCAAGACCAUCAACGACACGUUCAAGGCGCAGACACAGAAGAAGCUGCCGCUGCAGAAGCCGCCAUUGCAGCCGAAGCCCCUCGUCAACGGCGGCGCUCGAGUCGGCUCCCCGAGGAAGGUCCUGCUGCACAAGCCGACCGCCGAGCUGAUCGAGACGCAGCCCGGCAAGGAGGAGUAUCACGUGGACGGCGUCGUCACGGAGCCAAUCGUGCAAUCCGUGUCCUCGGUGGUCAGCAAGUUCCAGCAGAUCGAGAAGUCGCACUCGUCCUCCCCGUCGCCGGAGCCCACGAGCCACAAGCUCAAGUUCUCGCCGGCGAACAGCCCGGAGCCCCCGGCGCAGAUCUGCAAGACGUCCACCAAGUCCGCGGUCGCGCUGGAGAUCGCCGUUAAGUCGCCGCCGGUCACGCCGGUACUCUCGCCGAGAAUCCUGUCGCCCAGACUGUCGAGCCCGCAGUCACCGGUCAAGGACGCCAGACAGGGCGCGCAGAGCCCCUCCUCUCCCGUCAAGGACCCGAUUCGCGUUCAGAUCCCAAGUCCGCGUCACAAACCGCCGCUGUCCUUGAGCCCCGUCAAGGGGGAAUCCUGCUCCAACAAGGCGGCGGAGCCGGAACAAGAGACGAAGAAAGGAACUCUUCGUCUGCACCUCGAGAGGGAGUCUCCGCGGACGAGCGUCGAGAGUCCUCGACAGGCGCAUCGUCACCUUCCGGAAUCGUCCGCCAAUGUGGACGAAUCGAGCCACGUCGCGUUCAACGAUGGGGAGAAGAGCGUCGACGAGGAAAUCGUGGACGGACCGAGAACCAUCUCCAAGACCGCCCUGGACAACAUCGGCAAGGCGGGCACGACGAUGCAGUUUAACUUCGGCGACGAGUCCACCGGUGACAAGACUUACCUACCGGGUGUGAAGCAGAAUGGUCAAAAAUUGGCGGACGAGCCGAUGCCGGAGAAGGAAGAGGAAGAGGAAGAGGAAGAGGAGGAUCGCUGCGUCGUAAAGGCAGAGUGCGGGAGCAAAAUGGGUGCCAGCGUCCUGAUCGCCAAAGCGUCGUCGAGAUUGCGGGAGAGGCUCGAACCCGAGGAAGAGGGCGACAGCAAGGACGUCGAGGAGAAGCUAAUUGUGCCAGAAUGUAAACCCAUUGGCGCCAUUUGCAGCUUGGGCUUGAUUAAAACCGCAACGACAACCGUAACGGCGACGAUAUCGUCAUCGGCGACGUAUUCGCAGAGCAACAACGAGGCGAAGACGAUACGGUGCCAGCAGAAGAGCGAGUUCUCGCCGCCGCAGAAGCAGAUUGGCAUCAUACGGCCGCUCGUAUCUACAAAGACACAGCAUCCGCAGCAAAAUCUGAGCAAUCGCGAACUCGAGAAAAACCUGAUCAAUCGGGUCAAGAGCAUCGAGCAACCGACCAAGGUAGUAGUGAGCUUGAAGAGCGCUGACGAGAUACAACCUGCGAAGAAGACGAAUGCUGGAGGCGGUGGUGGUGGUGGCGGUGGUCUCUGGGACACAAAGCCAUGGAAUCAGCAAAACAACACGAUGGUGUUCAAUUUCAGCAACCGAAAGGAUGUGCCGGAUUACAUAGAGAACGACGGUCUCAUCAUCAGGAGAAAGCGGGAGAAGCCGAAGGUUAGUGAUGGUGGCAUUAUAGUGCUCGAUGCUACUUUGGAUGCGUCUACGACUGACGAUGCCGAGUGGGAAAUCUCCGGGGGUCCACCGUCGCCCUGCGACGUGUCGUUUCUCAACGACAAUGUUCUCAUCAACGGACGCAGCAACCUCUCGAGGACGCCACGAAAUCAUAAGCAUCGAAUACAGUUCGACGACACCGCCACGCGUACCUUUGAAUAUCCCAGCGAGUCAUCGAUCCUCGAAGGCGAGACCAGCAGCGUGGACGGCGAAACCUCGAGUUCCGUGACCGAGCAACAGUCUACGUUAAGCAACAACAAAAUCUCCUCGACGAGCAUGCCAUCUCUUCUCGGUGGUGGUGGACUAGCCAGUUAUACACCUAGCAAAGUGGAUCUGUCUUCGGAAGGCUUCGAGCUGGGUAUUACCAGGGCCAUACUGAUGGUCCCCACCCCAGCUGCGGCAGCAGCAACAACAACGACAACGACAACCGGACAGACCGAGAAUGCGAGCGAAGUGGAUUAUUUGAGACCGGCUCAAGACGCGGGCGCUUGGGGCUCGGAGACGACCGGCGAUCUUCUUUAUUGAAAAGAAAUGCAGAAUAAUGCUUUGACCAUUCGCUCAACGUUCCUCCGCAGCAAUAGGACGGACGAAUGAAAUGAUAAUGGAACUAUAAAGAGCUAACAAUAAGUAUUCCUUUUUUUCCUAGCGGCAAGAAGAUCGCGAGAAAUGCAAAAGAAUCAAUAUAUUAUAACGGACUUUAAUAAAAAAUAAUUUAUGACAAAUGCUCACAUAAUCAUAUAAAGCGAAUUUUUCAUAGAAAACAAGUUUAGACGUUCGCGUUCGUGAUCGGACGAUAUGUUGGACCACAGUUAAGUCAUCGUCACAAAUGCACAUUAAAUUAAGCGAACUUUUUUUUAAUUAUGAAAGAAAUCAAAAGCACAAUCUCCGCUCAUGAACGCGUCGAGUAUUAAGAGCGAAGUUUAUUUAGACGAUUAAGUAAGAACUAACAGUAUCAUUCCAAGUAUAUGCAUUUACUUUGUAUCGUUACGCUAUGUCAAAUCAGCGGACUUUUCCUACACAAUGAAUCAUCAAAACUGCCAAGCUACGCUACAGUGCUGCUUUUUUGUAAAAGCACUCGAAAGGAAGAGCCCAACGACUGAUACUCCGUUGUUUGGAGGAAAAAAAUACAUAAAGAAAGCAUAUCAUCUUUCUGGCAUACCUUAUAAAAUAGAAAAUAAAAUCGACGCGGGAAAAUUGACAGUUUUGUAACCUUUUUGAGAUUACUUUAAUGCCAAGCUGUGAGUGUUCAAGCUGCCAGUAAAAGGCCAGAGUUUUAUGCGAGUCUUUUUGUAGAAAAAAAGGCAAACGAUUGAAUGUCUUUGAGAUUCAAUUGGAGGGGAAAAAAGUUCGAAAAAAAAAAACGAGAUUAGAUUUGUAAACGUUUUUGCCAAAGUAGAACGUAAGUCUACUUAGUAUAUUUAAUAAUGUAUAUGUACAAUAUAAGUGUUCCAGUUCGACAAAACUGUAAGAAUUGUAAAUUUCUAAACACAUCGUCAUUUGUACUGAAUGUAUGGCAAAUCAUACUAUGCCUUGCAAAUGCGAAGAUGAGCCAUUACAGCGUAUGUCUUUUCAUAUUGAGUUUGCAUUUGUUUUUCAAGAAUCAUAAUACAUAAAACUAAUAGCUUUUUAAUACGAGUUCCAUAGAAAAAAACGGCGAUUUAAUGUUAAUUAUUAAUUUUAAGGGAAUUGAAUUUUGUAUAUACUAAAUUAUUAUGGGUCUUAAGGAGCCAUCCAAAAUAAGUUAAUCGAGUCACGAAAGUUCAAGAAAUUUCAUUGCUUUAAGAUCAGUUUUCUUGUAUUACUUUUUGUUCUUUUUUUGUGUUAAUUUCUUGUAUUGUCUAUUGUAUUGUCAUUUCGAAUGCGUUAUCACGGCUAAUCGAAAACAUUGUUUUGAAUCGUGUAGGUGUAGGUAUUUAAUAAUGUAUGAUUGUGUAACGAUAUGUAGUUAAUAUGAUUUUAUCACUUGGACAGUGGACUGAUUCAAGCGAAAGAGAAUGCGCUAAAAAGAUAAUUUAUUAUAGAGGUGCAUUAAAAGUAAAACUGCUGCCGCGUUUUGUUAGAAUUUCAAAUAUAUUUACUUUAUUUAAAUGCUGUAUCAGUUUACCGAAUAGUUUGUGAUGUACCGCAUUGUUUGAAAGACAUGUUUUUGUGUCACAGCGUUGUGUCUUACACUGUGAUAUUUUUGUUAAUCUUUUUCUAGCGUAAAACAUAAACAUAAUUUCCAAUUAUUUGUCAGACUCAACAAGUCGAUACUCUUCGUUGCUACACGAACAUUUUGAGAAGCAAGUCGGAUUACAUUUGUGCAACAUUCCAAAUUAAAACUGUAUACGUAUAGAUCUUUUCUAAUUUAUCAAUAAAUCAAUUGUAAUCUUCUUGCUCCAGUACAGGCGAGAUAUGUAACAGUUUUGUAAAUUACCAAUGUACAGAAUCAUAAAAGACAAAAUAAUUUCAAGUAAACAAUAAUAUAAGCGGAGACAAUUGUGAGGUGACUAUUAAUAUAACUGAAGCUUGGAUCUAUAUUACUACCUUCUUAAACAUGUAAAAGUAUCGUGUGAUGUAUUGUCUAUGUGUUACAAACUAUCAAAGUAAUAAAAGAGACAAUUACUCCUUA